AUGGUGAGAAUCAGUGCGUUGUCUGAUGACUUGCUGCUUAAGAUUUUAUCGUUUCUUCCUACAAAAGUUGCAAUCUCCACAAGCAUCUUGUCAAAACAAUGGCAGUUUCUUUGGAUGUGGUUGCCUAAACUUGAGUACGAUGACUAUGAGAUCAUUUGUCCAUUGUCUUCAUGGUUGAGGUAUGAUGAAUUUAUUGACAAGAAUCUGCCAUUGCAUAGAGCUCCGGUCAUAGAAAGCUUGGUCCUAAGAUUUUGUCAUGGUUGUUUAAGUCAACCCAAGAAAAUCAAAAGAUGGGUUGGGAUUGCGGUGUCUCGCUUUGUGCGUGAGCUAAGUAUCGGCUAUUUUUGUUCCAAUCGCAAACCACAUGAUGUAUUAUCAUUGCCGAGUAGUUUGUAUACGUGCAAUUCGCUCAUGACACUGAAACUUGAAGGCGAGACCAUUCUCGUGGAUGUUCCUCGGAUUGUUUGUCUCCCUUCCUUGAAAACCUUGAAACUUCAACGUGUGACAUACUCAAACGAAGAUUCUCUUGGGCUGCUUCUGUCGCAUUGCCCUGUUCUUGAGGAUCUGCUUAUUCAACGACAUGAUGAGGGUGACAAUGUGAGAGCGUUAGUUGUUAACGUCCCCUCUUUGCAGAGGUUAUCCUUGCGGAUAGGUAUUGAGUGUUCUUCUUCUGAUGAGUAUGUAAUAGUGACCCCUUGUUUGAAGUAUUUCAAAAUUGAGGAUUACAGAGGCUUUCCCUCCUAUUUGAUUGAGCCUAUGCCAAUUCUAGAAGAGGCAUAUAUAGAGGUUUUGCGAACUAUGGAGAAGAUUCUCGAAUCAGUCACAUCUGUCAGACGUCUUUCAUUGGAAUCCGUCAGUCGUUUUUCAUUGGGUCCAAAAGAGUGGUACUUAACAUGUAAGGAGUAUGAACCGGUUGACUUGAAGAACAAAGAGAGCACUGUUCCUGAAUGUUUGUUGAGGAGUCUCGAAACUUUUGAGUUUUCAAGUUACAUGCAAACACAAGAGGAGAUAGAUUUCUUGAGUUUCUUCUUCAAACACGCCUCUUGCUUGAAGUCCACUCCGAUCACUGAUUAUGUUCCAUGA